UUCAAGCAGAAUCAAACAAAUUUGGAACCAACCUCUCUUUUGAAACUGGAAAUUCUUCACGCAAUGAAAGCAAGAGGACCGCCAUUGAUGAUGGGUUGUGAAUAAUAAUGGCAAUUGGUAGGUAUUGAGAUGAGCUUUCCAAUUCAUUGGAUGCUUCCCGUUUCUUGGUUUUCGAGCUCACGCAUUCUCUCUCUUCCGCCUCCCUCUUCAAGCUCUUAUUCUGCGGAAAGGACGAACGGAUAAGGGGGACACUCUUCUUGGGGUACUCCCAAGCUUCUUUUUCAAAUUUAAGGAAAAUUUCCUUUUCUGUUUGACGAUUUCUCAGAAAAACCAACUAUGGUUGUCGCAUUGUCCCUCGGCUAUGGCUGUAGUUCUUCGGGGUGGGACGGGGGCAGUGGAUUCUGCCGCUGACAGCUUCUACAUGUCAGAGCGAACUGUUCUAAUCUUCUUUUUCCAUCAUUUCAUCAAUUAAAAAUUCCCACAGAGAGAAAUUUUUCUGCGGGACUGUUCUGAGCCGAGUCCGAGGCAACUUCUAUUACUUUUCCAGUUUAUACAUGCAUUUUUAACUAGAUCUUAAUGAUAUUUUGAAGCUGUGUAGUUCUGGUUAGUUUUCUUCUUCUGUCUUCUGUUAAUCCUUGGGCCAUUCAAACGCUGUAAAUCGCAAUGCACGGGUUUGAGCCUAGAAGAUUCAAGGGAACUCAGCUAACAACAGAAUUCUGCGGCUACAGUGGUAUUUUUUCUUUUUUCAUGGAUCCUGUAAAUCUGGCACCUGGGGUAUCGCAGGUUAUGAAAUUUUUGUAACGAGCUUUGGAUUUUAAGCGGUUUGUUUGAGAUUUUGAAUCACCUAAACUUGGGUGAUCGUGAAGGAGGGAGAAAAGCUUGUUUAAAGGGUUUCCGAGACCAAAUUGUUUGUGUUGAUUUGGAGAUUCUGUGGAAAAGUUGAGCUGUUCAUACAUUGUCGAGGGCACAUGACUAAUACGAAUUUAUGUUAGGGAGCUUCUGUUUUUUUUUUUUUUUUUGAAAAACUCUCCUCAAUGGGGUUCCUCCCAAAUGAUUUUGUUGCUUGAGCUUCCAAUUGGAUCUACCAUUUCUGCUGUGUUUCUGAUUCAAAUUAUAUAGGAAACAUCUCUUGUUUAGUAACUAUUUAGUGAAAUGGGUUGUGCUGCCUCAAGUAUUGAUGAGGAGGAGAGGGUGCAGGCUUGUAAGGAGAGGAAGAAGCUAAUGAAACAGUUGGUAGGGUUUAGAAAAGAAUUUGCAGAUUCCCUGCUAGCUUACUUGAGGGCAUUGAAAAAUACCGGUGCAACCCUGAGACAAUUUACUGAGUCUGAAACAUUAGAGCUUGAAGGUACUAUUUAUGGCUUGGCGUCACCUCCAUCACCACCUCCCCCCUUGCCUCCCUCUCCACCACCACCUCCGCCAUUUAGCCCUGAUUUGAGGAAGUAUGGAGCUGAAGAUACUCAAAAGGAUGAAUUUGCCCAAGAAGAAAGCAUUGUCAUUGACGAGGAUGAGGAUGAUCACACGCCUUCAGCUCAUCCAAUUUUAAGCUCAUCUUGGGAGUAUUGGGACCCUUUUGAGCUUUCUACUGUGCAUCAACAAAAAAAGAGUGAAACUGUGGGAGUUGAAGAGGAAAAUUGGGCAGAGACUAGGAGUGAAUUUGAGGAAGAAGAUAAGGAGGAAGAAGCUGUAGAAGACGUUGUGAAUCCAGUACCUAAGAGUCCAGAUCAAAUGGAAUUAGUUAGUUGUGAUUCGGCAACAACUAGCUUGCAUAUUAAGGACGCUACAGACAUGGGCAUGAUAUCCUGGAAAAGCAAGAAAUCCUUGGGAGCCACAGUCAAGGAACUUGAUGAGUAUUUUCUUAAAGCAUCAGCUGGUAUAAAGGAAAUAGCUGUUCUCAUUGAUAUCAGCGUAGGAAAUGAUUUUCCGCCACAUAAUUUCAGGGAAAACAAGAGGAAGAGAAGCAAUUCUGCUAAGGUCUUCAAUGCAUUAUCACGGAGGUGGUCGUCUAAUUCAAUUCAGUUUACAACAGAUACAGCUGAAUUUUGUGGUCCCAAUGAGCCAUGCCGGCCUGGAGCUCAUUGCAUCACCCUCAAAAAACUUUAUGCAGCAGAGCAAAGACUUCAGAAAGACGUUAAGGAAGAAGAAGGUACCAAACUAGAGCAUGAGAAGAAAGCCUUACUACUGCAAAAGCAAGAGGAUGAACACUAUGAUUGGACCAAGACUGAGAAAACUCGCCAGAAUGUUGAGAGUUUGGAGUCUGACAUAAUACGUUUACAGCAAGCUAUAGGUGGACAUUGUGCUUCUAUAUUGGCACUAAUGGAUGAGGAACUGUAUCCACAACUGGUUGCUUUAACUUCGGGGUUAUUGCACAUGUGGAAGAUAAUGUCUGAAUGCCAUCAAGUUCAGAACCAGAUAUCCCGGCAGUUGAACCAUCAGAUUAACAAGCACGAUGUGGAUCUAAGUACAGAAUAUCAUCGCCAUGCCACAGCUCAGCUUGCAGCUGAGAUAACUGUCUGGUACAACAGCUUCUGCAAUCUCGUGAAAUAUCAGAGAGAGUACGUAAAAACCCUCUGUAGAUGGACUCAACUUACUGACUUCCUUGUCGAUCAUGAUAGACGGAGUGUUUGUGCACCUGUGGUUCUUAACCUCUGCGAAAAAUGGCAGGAUGCCCUUGAAAGAUUACCUGACAAGGCAGCUUCAGAGGCAAUCAAUAAUCUCUUGUCAGCCAUAAACUCCAUACUUCACCAGCAAGUGGAGGAACAAAACCUCCAAAGGAAAUAUGAAAAGCUGGACAAAAGACUCCGAAAAGAGAUGCAUUCGCUGGCAGAGAUGGAAAAAAAGCUCGGGGGAAGCUCUCUGUCAGAAGAUGGAAAUGGCAAUUUGAGCCCCAAGAACCCUUUGUUGCUAAAGCGUGCAAAAACUGACGCCUUGAAGAAGCUUGUCGACACCGAGAAGGCCAAAUAUCUGAACUCUGUUCAGGUUAGCCGAGCCAUGACUUUAAACCAUCUGAAAACAGGCCUCCCCAAUGUUUUUCAGGCGCUCAUGGGAUUUGCUAGUUUCUCUGUACAUGCUAUGGAGUCUGUUUGUAGUAAUGUUACACCACAGGAGUGUUGUGAUGAUGCAACAGUGAGCUCUACAAACUGAGUUUUUUAGCAUUUUGAGAAUGAGAACAUGUUUUUACUACCAGAAAUCACCUGCUCUUCAAGUUCUUAUUUUUA